AUGAAAAUCACCUCCGCUUUGGCAACGCUCUUCGCCCUUGCGGCUGCGACCCCGACUCCCACCGUCGAUAACGUCGCUGACAAGCCACACCUUGUCAAACGUGCCUCUGUCUCUGAUAAGGCGACGCUUGGUUAUGCUACCUUGAACGGAGGAACAUCCGGAGGAUCUGGUGGAACCGUCACCACUGUCUCAUCCCUCGCCGAGUUUACUGCCGCUGUUAACGAAAAGGAUACUACGGCCAGGAUUGUGGUCGUCAAGGGUAUUAUUAAGGGCACUGCCAACGUCCGCGUUGGUAGCAACAAAUCCGUGAUCGGCCUCCCCGGAGGAGGCUUUGAGGGUAUCGGUCUACAUGUUCGUCGCCAGUCGAAUGUUAUCAUUCGCAACAUCAAGUCUUCCAAUGUCUUGGCCUCUACUGGUGAUGGUGUAAAGAUUGAGGAGAGCACAAACGUGUGGAUUGAUCACAGCGAGUUCAGCUCUGUUCUGGUUGCUGAUAAGGACUAUUAUGACGGACUAGUUGAUGCCUCUCACGGGGCCGACUAUAUCACCAUCUCUUAUACAUAUUUCCAUGACCACUGGAAGACCUCCCUGAUUGGUCACAGCGAGAACAACGGUGGUGAGGACAGCGGCCACCUGCGAGUCACCUACGCCAACAACUACUGGGCCAAUUUUGGCUCUCGAGGCCCAUCCUUGCGAUUCGGCACCGGCCACAUCUACAACUCGUACUAUCUCAACGGUAACUCUGCCAUUAACACCCGCCAGAACGCCCAGGUCCUCGUCCAGAGCAAUGUCUUCAAAAACGUGACCAUCCCAAUCACCUCUCAGGACUCUGAUAUUGUCGGCUACGCUGUUGCAAUCGACAACGACUUUGGUGGUGCUUCUAACCUUGCCCCCGUUGGAACUUUAAACGCCAACUCCCCCCCUUACUCAUACACUCUCCUCGGGUCCUCCAAGGUCGUCGCUACUGUGCCGGGACAAGCUGGCCAGAAGCUUACUUUCUAA